AUGCUCGUUUAUAAUGCCGUCUUCCUGCUCACCAUAAUACUCAGCAUCGCGAUUGUAAAUCGUAGAGUCCGCUUAUCGAGGAGGCGCCUACCUCCAGGUCCAAUAGGGCACAUCCUAUUCGGAGUCCAAUCUCGUGAUAUUGGAGACCAGCCUUGGAAAACAUACACUACGUGGUCCAAACGAUACGGACCUUUGACUUACUUUCGAAUGGCUCGACGCCAGUUUCUCGUACUCUCUUCGGUGCAGGCAGUGACAGACCUGUUAGAGAAAAGGGCCUCAAUAUACUCCGAUCGACCGCGAAAAUACGUGUGGGAUGAGAUAGUUGGUCGGAAGCACUCCGUGUUCAAUAUUUCCAGCCGCAGCGAGCGAUUCCGCAAAUAUCGAUGGAUGAUGGGUUCGGGCUUGAACUCGAAGGCAAUACAAGAGUAUACCCAGUUCUUCGAGCGGGAGAACCAAGUUAUGCUUCAGGCUUUACACAAAGACCCAGGCAAUUUCGCAAAGCUUUUGCGUAGGAAUGCAGGUGCCACUAUAAUGCAAAUAACUUAUGGAUAUCACGUCACCACGGAUGACGAUCCAUUCAUUGAGAUAGUGGAGACAAACAAUGCCCUCAGUGCGAAAGCCAUGGCACCCGGGAGGUACCUCGUCGACUCGUUUCCUUUCCUUCGCUUUAUCCCAUCUUGGUUCCCGGGGGCGCACUUCCACGCGGAGCUGAAGGAAUUUCAGCGGUACCUAAACAGAGAAAACGAGAUACCCUACCGGUGGGUACGGGAGCAGAUGGCCAAAGGCGCACACGAUGAAUCCUUCGUCUCCCGGCUAGUACUGCCGCCCGGUGGUCAGACAUUAAGUUGGGAGGAAGAAGACUGCAUCAAGUGGACCGCAGCGGGUCUAUACAGUGGGGGCGCCGACACGACUGUGUCCGCCAUGCUCACGUUCUUCAUGGCAAUGGUGUUGUAUCCCAACAUACAAAGGCGAGCGCAGGAUGAGCUGGCUUCUCUCCUCAGCAAAGGCCAGGAAGAAGACUGCAUAUGCAGACUGUCCAGGACGAAGGAUCGCGGGAAACUGCCGUAUGUCGAGGCAUUAAUCAAAGAGGUGUUAAGGUGGGGAAGUGUUGCACCUGUCGCUCUUCCACAUUCGUUGGUACAAGAUGACGAGUAUAUGGGCUACCGUAUUCCCAAGGGCACUACCGUAAUUGCUAAUAUAUGGGCGUUGAUGCAAGACCCGUACACGUAUCCUAACCCGGAGGCGUUCAAUCCCGAAAGAUUUCUAUCUGCGAACCAGCCUGACCCCAGGUCGUUCGUCUUCGGCUUCGGACGAAGGAUGUGUCCAGGUAGGCAGCAAUUUGCAGAGUUGUCCCUUUUCCUGCAGAUCACGUCCAUCCUCGCAACGUACAACAUCUUCCCUUAUCUGGAUUGGGAUGGAAAGGAAAUUCUUCCAGUCAGAGAAUAUGUGAAUGGAAUUGUCACGUACGUCCCGCCUCUCCAAGACUCUCUGGUGUAG